UGAAGCAGUACGUCUUGUUGGGUUUUAUAUGUGCUAGUAAUGCUACGUUCAUUGUUGAUCCACCAAACACAAAAGAGCUGUUGGUCAUUGAAAACUUGACUCUCUAUAGAAACGAAUGGGUGGAGCUAGAUGGGGUGAAAUCAACGACCUGCUUUGCAUACAAUACAGAUAGCUCGUUUACAGUACUGAUCGAUCCAAAGGAAACGUCAAACGUACGUACAUCUGCAGCAGCUAAAAAGGAAAUUUAAGGCAACUUGCUAGAUAUGGAAGAAUCAUCGAGUCAAGAAAUUCAAGAAGAAGCAAAUGCUUUAAUAAUAAAUGUGAUUGAAAUUGAAGAACUUCAUAGAGAAGCAAAUGCUUCAGUUGAAAUUGAAGAUCGUGACACACAAUUGGUAAAUGACAUCACAGAAAUGUUAGAAAGCUCGGAGCCUCCCUUAUCACCUAAAUGUUGUAUCUACAGGGUUCCACAUGAUCUUCGCAAAUUGAACGAAGAAGCCUAUAUUCCUCAGUUUAUAUCAAUAGGGCCUUUUCACCAUGGUGAUGAAAGAUUGGAAACCAUGGAAAAGCUUAAAGUGAGAUAUUUCAAGCGAUUUGUGAAGAAUGCUACUUUAAAUGUGAAGAAAUUAGUAAGGAUUGUAACGGAUAAGGAAGAAGAUGUCCGUCAUUGUUAUUUAGAGAGUAUCCAACUUAGCAGUGAUGAUUUUGUGAAAUUGAUCCUGGUGGAUGCGAGCUUCAUUAUUGUGUAUUUCUUGAUAUGGAAGCUUGAAGAAUGGAGGAGUGACGAGGACUUAAUAGGAUUUACACCACGAAUGAUGAAUAGUAUAAUUAAGGACAUGUGGUUGCUUGAAAAUCAACUUCCUUUCUUUAUUAUAAAGGAAAUAUUCAACUUUGCAUUUGCAUCUUACACAGACUUCCCUUCAUUCGCUCAACUUACCUUUGAAUUUUUUAAACCUUUCAACACUCAAGAAAAGUCUCUUGAUCCCAAUUUGGAAAUAAUUCACUUCCUUGAUUUGUUGAGAACCUUUUAUUUGCCUCUAUCACGUAGCCUACCACGAAGAGGCAAUGACGCAAUUGGAGUCCGGCCUUUGUAUAGUGCAAGCCAGUUGCACGAUGCAGGAGUGAAGUUUAAGGUGGGCUCAAACAAAUGCUUAUUUGACUUAAAAUUCACAAACGGAGUGCUAGAAAUACCACACUUAGAAUUAUACAAUAGUUCAGAGUCUCUUUUUCGAAACCUCGUGGCCUUGGAACAAUAUCACUAUUUGUUUGAUGCUUAUAUUACCGAUUAUAUUAUCUUAGUAGAUUCCCUUAUCGAUACUGUCAAAGAUGUAGAUUUACUUGUGCAAAAGAAGAUCCUGUUUAAUGGUUUAGGCGACAACAAUGCAGUGACAACUUUGGCCAACAAUCUGGGCAUAAAUGUUUUAUAUGGGUACUCAACGUCCAUCUAUUGUAAUCUCUAUAAAGAUUUGAAUACAUUCUAUGAGGAUCCUCGUCAUAUUUGGAAGGCUACCUUGAGACGUGAUUAUUUUAGCACUCCUUGGAUAACUGCUUCUACUGUAGCUGCUAUUAUCCUUCUGGUACUCACUCUCAUACAAACUGUAUGCUCUAUUAUCUCAUUAUGAUCAAUUUGAAGUUUGUGUAAUUCGAAUGAUAUUGAAUUGCAUUGUGAUCGUAUUUCAUUGUUUUAGGAGUACGAGGUUUGUGGAA